UUAGCUUUAACGCUAGUUACCUUUUACCAGCAGAAAAGGAAGUAGCGCCGGGGGGGAGUUAAAAGGAAAACAGUUUGCAGACAGCGUCAACCAGUUGAAGUGGUACACCGAGGUCUGCGGGGCAGUGUAAUUAUCCAUUGCGUCUGUAAAAAACUCAGUGUAGGGGAAAAUGAUCGCAAGUGCGCCGAAGUUUGUGUUUCCUGAUGUUGAGGUAGCUAGCUGGUUGGCCCUGUUAGCUUGUUAGCGAUGAAGGUGCGUGCUGUUUGGACAGCCGUACAUCAACAUUUGUGACUGACCCAACUUAACAGGCAAGUUAUCGUUGUUCGAUAACGCUACAUUUACAACUAAAAACUGUUUGGCAGAUAAGGUGGUGGUAUGCUGGUUUAGCUAUCAAACUCUUAUAACGUUAAUGCGGGCCAGGCGCUUUGAAUCUUGUGAGCUCGUGUUAAAUACGAUCAGUGCUGAUACUUAAAGAGAGAAGACUCACAUUGAGCCACGAUCUUACAGGUAUAGAUCAACUCAACGCGACAAAACAUCAGGCGCUCCCGUCUUUACCACUACGGAUGCCCAAUCAGGUCUAUCAGGUUUGCAACGUUGGACCUGGGAGCAGUCCUCUUCGUCGGACGUAGUUCAUCUUCCUUGCCCGUAAUGGGCCCUCUGUUCAGCUAGGAGGACGUGUGGAAACGAUCUACAGCCCUCCAACCAUGGGAGGAUGUGUGGGGAGAUACUGGGAUGGCUGGGAAGACACACAGAGCCGAGGCUCGUCCAGGAACGGUGGCCGAGGAGCACGUAACGAGCCCCUGAAGAAAGAUCGUCCCAAGUGGAAGAGCGACUACCCGAUGACAGAGGGCCAGCUAAGGAGCAAGCGAGACGAGUUCUGGGACACAGCGCCAGCCUUCGAGGGCCGCAAGGAGAUCUGGGAUGCCCUUAAAGCUGCAGCUGUGGCCCUGGAAUGUAACGACCACGAGCUGGCUCAGGCCAUAGUGGACGGAGCCAGCAUCACGCUGCCACACGGUACUCUCACAGAGUGUUACGACGAACUCGGGAACCGCUACCAGCUGCCCGUCUACUGUUUGGCUCCACCGGUGAACCUUAUCUCAGAGCGCAGCGAAGAGGACCCCAGCGACAGCCCCGAACCCCCUGUAGCACCCAAGAAAGAAUUCCAGCUCAAGGUACGGCUCUCCACAGGCAAGGACCUGCGCCUCAGCGCCAGCAUGGCCGACACCAUAGGGCAACUGAAGAAGCAGCUGCAGGCCCAGGAUGACAUUGAUGCUGCCCACCAGCGUUGGUUCUUCUCCGGGAAGCUGCUCACGGACAAGACUCGGCUGCAAGAUACUAAGAUCCAGAAGGACUUUGUCAUUCAGGUCAUUGUCAACCCACAAGCCCUCCAAGCCCAACCCACCACCACCUCGUCACCUGCAUCUGAAUAAUGAGGACACAGAGGAUGGAUGGAGGUGUGGUGCAGUGGGCAGUGAGGACAGAGGCACACACAAAAGGACCAGAGGUGGUUCAUUGCUGCUGGAUAACUGGUUAGCUUUUUGAGAACAGCUACUGUUGCUGAAAUAAAAUCAAACUGUGGAGAUACAAAACUACUUAGGAGCAAAAACAUGAGGGAGAAACUCAAAAGUGCUGCUUUUGUUCAUCUAUCAUGUGUCAUUGUAUUUCCUGGGUCUGCUGGGUUGUUCUCCAAGUGAACCCAGUCUUUAUGUCCCUGUGUCCUGUGGGACUCAACAUGCUGGUGUGAGGGCUUUCAGUCACAUGCAGAAUAUGCACAUCAUGCUGCACAUGCAGACUCUGCCUCUGCUCUUGUAUCAACACUAAUGCUAACCAAGUGCCAUUGGAUGAAAUGCAGAGGUGUUGUGUUGGUUCUGAAGAAGCACAUGUCUGCGACGAGGCCCCCGGACUCUGCACUGCAGUCCUUUUCUCCUCCGCAGAAACAGGAGGGGCCGGCAGAGAAUGACAUACUGAACACCUUUUUUCUUUUCCUUUUUCCUUUCUCGUAUUGAGGAAGUAAUGUAAACUGAGCUUUUUUUGCACAUUUGAAGAUUAUUACAAUACUUUUGUGGUAGUUUGUGUGCCUUCUACAAGAUGAAACAAAAAAGGGUUAAAGUCCUGAAAGAUGCUAGUUUUAUUGCUAGGCUAAGACUUCUGGAUUUUAUUUUUAGAUUCAGGAACUCUUAGAUCAAUCCAAGCUGUAACUGCUGCCUUUUUUUAAAAUGAUCACAUGAAUCUUGCAGACAAAACCGUAUGUGUGUGUGUGUGUGUGUGUGUGGCCCAUAUGAUAUGUUUCAAUUUGAUGUAGCUCACAGAGACAAGAUUGUUUCUCCCCCCCUGUAUAAUUAUUAGCUUUGCAGUCCACCACAUCAGGCUAUCUGGGGAAAGAAAAUUCCCAUGGUCUUUAAAGCUGCAUUACUGACCACUUAAAGAUGCCCAGACCACUAUGGGGUGGCGACACAGCCCUGAUGUACUUGGCUCAGAUGCUUAGGGCUGUUUGUCAUUUAUCUCGCUACUUGAUGAAUGUAAAUCCAAUAUUCACUCACCUUUUCAAGCUUGAUGUGGUUCAGGAAAUUCAAAGAAAAAUAUGUUGAUGAUGAUGAUGGACGUUGAACUUUCAUCUGUGUACAGUUUAUGUGAAAUGGCUGCCUACAAAUUACGUAUGUGGGAUUAGAAUUUAUGAGGAGUGGUGAACUGAAAACAGCUGAAGGCCGCAGAAAGCUGCAGACUCGGCUGUUGAUGCUCAGUGGGCGUGGCAGUACUGACAUCCUACAGGAGGUAGGAGUUUUAGUGUUAAUAUCAAACAUCUUGCCUUAAGGGACACUCCACUCAUUUAGACAUGUACGUGACAUGGUUCGUCCUACCCAGCCUGUGAAAACCAUUCUGUCAUCUAUGGAACAGUGGGAACUUUAUUGGGGCUAAGAAAGUUACCCUAAUGACAUUGUGGUAAUGUCAUCGAUGUUAUUUCACUGGAAACUAAAGGUGCUGAGCUUUAAAGGUAUGGGCAUUAGCAGUGAGCGAGGCUCUAACUUAAGACGCUCUCCUGAUGCAUUAUGGAAAUUUUUUAUCUAUCUCUCAAGUUUCUGGAAAUAAAAUACUAAAUCAUGGGAGUGUCCUUUAAUCAGCUGUAAGUCACACCUGCUUGGAUGAGUGAUAGUGCUCACUUUUUUUUUCUUUUCUUCCUGACAAAACAAAGCAAAUUAAACCAUUUUUAGCUGUGUUAUACUAACAUACUGUUAGCACUGUACUACUGCAUGGACAUCAGACUUGUGUUUUGUCCGGAGGGCAAAAGGAGUGACACUGUUAGUAACAACUCUCCAAACAUUUUGUGAUUGUCUUCUGCUGGCUCACUUGAGCAGAAACAUCAACAGCUUUUAUGAUUUUUAAACAGCUGCCGGAUGAAUUGGUAGAGCAGUACCAGCGUUUUGCCUUUGUAUUAAAGUAUAGCUGCAGUAACUCUGACUAAUCAUUGUUCAUGCUCUGAUGUUUGUCUCUCAAUGGAAAAGAACAUCCUGCUUUGUCACCAGCCGCAGCCGGUUUGUCGGCCACAAACAAGCUAUCCUUGAAUUUAUGCUGGUGGCUUGUGGCUGUUAGGUCUGAAAGUCUGAGUGGUAGAAACGCUGUGGCUACAUUCACACUGCGGCUUAAAUUGCACUGUUUGGUUACAUCCCAUAUCGCACGUGACAAAUCAGAGAAAUCCACAGUUCCCGUGGAUCACAUUGACAUGUGAUUUACUUUCAUAUUUAAGAUUAAGUUUCGAAUUUUAAUUCUUGGACAUUAUAGGUUUAACUACAUGGCAGCUUUUUUGAGGAGUGUGUUGGCAUGCAAGGCAACAUGACUCAAUGGAUGCAGUUGGAGGACUCUAGAGGAGGACUUCAGUUUAUAUGUACGGAAGCAAUAAAAUGCUGUUAAGACGAGUAACUGAAUACUUUAUUGUGAUAUUUAACCAUUGCUCAAUGCUUUUGUUAAAUACCACUGAAUUUAUAGCACCGGGAUGUUUCUGUUUGAAAGCAGUGGGAGGUGGAAGGAGGCCUGUGCUAGCGGGAUGACUCGGAAAUAAAAAUAUAUAUUUAAUAUUUGAUGUAUUUGAGUACUAGCAUGUUAGCAGACCUGUAGACUCUUGUUAAUCUGCAAAAAGACAAACUGAACAACUUGAAUACUUUUUUGUGAAAAUAUUGGACCCUUUUUAACGAUCAAUUUGUGAACAGUAUUGAAUUUGCACAACUUGAGCCUACAAGACAUUUCUUAUAGAUGAAUUCAGACCGCGUGUAUUCUGUCCCAGAGAGGAGAUAUGCAAAAAUCCCACUGCACUGCCUCUUUGCAUCGCUGUUACUCACAGGUCAUGUUUGUGUCAGAUUUGGGUUAAUUCCCAAAACAGAUAGUCAGGCAGUUCAGAGGUUAAGGCUCAAAACCUGCUUCUUGAAUGUAGCUUGCAUUGUUUGUGUGUCCUGGUAGAAAUCUCAGAGUUCUGGAUUUUCUGUUUUUGUCCAGCCUAACGGUCGUCUACAGCUUGAUGAGCUUUGUUUUCAUUCACCGCUCCUGUCACACAAUUCUCAAGCAGUAUGAUCAUGGAGGGAACCAAACUGAAACCAUCAGUGUGAGGCCUUACUGAGCCACAGCUCACCACAUCAAGAAAAUGUUUUCUUUUAAAUACGAAUUUCUUUUCUCUCUCUCUCUUUUUCUUGGUUUCUCUUCUAUCUAUCCAGUUUCAGCUAAUCACAGUCACACUUUGUUUUGGCUUUUCUUCUAUCAAGGGUUCUCUUGGGGAUAUUUGUUAAUCAUUGUAAGCAAACUUGAAUAAGCAUUUUUCUCUGUAUGUGCAAUACAAUAGACAUAGACCUCAUGUCAUUGUUGUUUUGUCCUUCUGACUCUACAGAUUUCAUAGAGCAUCAGCUAUUAGUAUUGUCAAAGACACGUCAGUGCAGGUACAAGCCUGCUAUAAUCUGAUGUCUCUGUCAGUUGUUUCAAAUGUUCAUAUUUGUCAAUUUGAAAAUGUAUUCUAAGCUGUCGCCUUGACUGUUCAGAUGGGCUGUCUUACCUUUUCACAGAGGAAAUAUCGAAACAUUAAAAAAUGCCUACACAA